AUGAACUCGCACCGUCAACUCGUCCAGUAUGGCGACCUAGAACAAUCUCAACAAAUCAGUGUUGUCUCAGCAGCAGCUUCUCGUCCACGUCAAUCACCUCCAUCCAAAAAACGCAAGAGGUCAAACCAAAAAGCCAAACGUCCCAGAAAAACUGCCCACUGGUAUGAACCAGGAGAUGACCAAAUGAACGACGACGACGCCAGUACCCAUGGUGAGGAUGGUGAAGUUGAAGAGGAGGAGAGUCGGGAGCUCACACACGAAGAAAUAUGGGACGACUCUGCGCUCAUCGAUGCCUGGAACUCUGCCACAGCAGAAUAUGAGGAAUUUCACGGGAAAACGCAAGACUGGAAGUCGACCACUGUCAAGAAAUCUUCGCUAUGGUACAACAUCCCCUAUAAUAGUUCGAAGGAGAAGGCCAAGGCAACUAAUUCAAUAAAAGUGGCGUCUGCAGAGGCCGCCAGUCAGGCUGCCGCAGUUGAAGAGGAGGACUCUGCUCCACUUGAUUUCGACACGUUCGUCCCAUCGUAUGAUCCUUCGCUGCCGGUACCAUCUGAGGCACCCGCGGCACCCGAGUCCUCGUUUUUCAUACCUGCACCUUCGAACACUAUGGUAAGCCGCGACGAAGCUUUCAGCCGUGCGCUAAGUGCGAUGUAUUGGGGCGGAUACUGGACUGCAGUAUACCAUUGCCAAAAUCAGCAUUCCUAUCAGGAGGAUGUCGAGGAGCAAGAUCAUCAGGAAUACGAAGAUGAUGAUGAAGCUCUUGAAAAUGAUCCUGAAGAUCUGGUACCUACGCAGCGAUAA